AUGGCCGGUCUCGUCUUCAAGUCCACUCUCAUCGCCAUCACCAUGGCUCUCAGCGCCAGCGCCGCAGCCACUUCGCAGUGCAACAGCAACGCCGACUGCAUGCCCGGCUACAUCUGCGGCCCAAGCGACUUUGCCUUCUCCGGCACCUCGUCCAACGUCUGUGUCCAUAUUGGAACUUGCUCCAACGCGCCCGAUCCUCAGUUCCCCAAUGAAGGACCCAAGUGCGGCGACAGCAUCUUCUGCAAUGUUGGUGGCUACUGCGGCGAGGGCUACUAUAAGAGCGGUGGUGACACUAUUCUCACGCAAGUCUGUGUUGACAAGAACACUGGCCUUGAUUGCGCCUCUUCCUAA